AUGAGUGCUGCCGCUUGCCAUACCAAUGGCCAAGGACAGCUCGCCCAACAAGGCAACACUGGGACCUGUGGCAGACCACCUUGUCCAGAGCCCUGCUUGCCUCCAACGGGCCACAUCACCCACUACAACAGCCCUUGGGGCCAUGGACUGACCGUCUGGAGGACUGGAAUUGGUUACUGUCCCCCACCACAGGCCUUUUCCACCGCCAUGGGGCAACCUGGAAACACUUUUGCUCUGAGGGCUCCCACACCACGUCACGUCGCUACGCACCAGGGCCGAUCUGACAGGGUUCUUCUCACCGGUACUGGCCGUGCCUCUGAACCGUCUUCUUCCUCCAGCCCAUCCAUCCUUCACGCGUGGCAGACGGCUGCCGAGCUCUGCACGGACUAUUACGGGUGGGUCCCCGAUGAGAUUGAGGUUCACGGUGACGAAGCCACCUUAGCUGAUGCUCUGUUGGACGGUCGCCUGCGUGUGAUCAGCGAUGGAUCCUUCAAGAACGAGUUGGGGACCGCGGCGGUUCAAAUCCUGGUGAAGCAUGGAGGAUGCCAUCAAAUCAUCAUCCGGUGUCAGACUCCCGGUUUGCCCCAGGACCAGAGUCCAUACCGCAGCGAGCUCAUUGGUCUGUUGGCCGGUAUAAUGGCGGUUGAUUGGCUCCUUGAGCAAUGGUUCCCAAACAUUUUGACUGGCCCCAAGGUGCGGAUUGCUUGCGAUGGCCUCUCUGCUAUUGAGAUGGCUUUCGAAGAUCGUCCACUGUCUCCAACUGAUGCCCAGUUUGACCUGGUAUCGUCCAUUCGGGAAGCGAUCCUUCGGUCCUCGGUGGAUUGGGCGCCCCAGCACGUGUAUGGACACCUCGACAAGUCCAAUCUCUUUGACGAACUUUCUUGGUGGGAGAAACGGAACCUUGAGGUGGAUGGAAUGGCGGUGGAGUACCGUAAGGAACUUGAGACGGCCAAUCAUCUUAUAGCCCCCAACCCUCGUUUUUUCACUGAACUUGCGGCAAUGUACGUGGCCGACACCAAACAGUCAUGCCUUGAUCCCCAGUUCAUCCAAGAGUGUGUGACUCUUCGGGCCCUACGCUCCCGCUGGAGGGACAAAGGUACUAUCUCCGCUGAAGCCGAGUCUGAGAUUGCCUGGGACACAAUGGGUCGCGCCAUGCAAUCUCUUCCUGCAGGACUACAAAGGUGGUCUACUACUAAUAAUAAUAAAAAUCCGGGAGUGAACCUCUACCAAGGAAAAGACCAACCUAGAAAAGGUAAAGGUAAAUAUAUAUAA